AUGUCCGUCGCAGCCCAUUCAAACGGCGAAUCUUCGAUAGGAAAGCAGAGUGCAAGCCUAUCCGCUCAACCAUAUGAACUUCCAUGGGUGGAAAAGUACCGGCCUCAAACUCUGGAUGAUGUUGUCGGGAACGAGGAAACGAUCGAGAGACUCAAGGUGAUCGCGAAAGAUGGAAACAUGCCUCAUAUCAUCAUCUCCGGUAUGCCUGGAAUUGGAAAGACGACAUCCAUCCUGUGUUUGGCACAUGCGCUCCUCGGCCCGGUGUACAAGGAAGGUGUUCUGGAAUUGAAUGCGUCUGACGAGAGAGGAAUCGACGUUGUCCGCAACCGCAUCAAAACUUUUGCUCAGAAGAAGGUCAACCUGCCGCGUGGACGUCACAAGAUUAUUAUUCUCGAUGAAGCCGACUCGAUGACUGCUGGCGCUCAGCAAGCUCUCCGUCGGACGAUGGAAAUCUACUCUUCAACAACACGAUUCGCCCUAGCCUGCAACCAAAGCAACAAGAUUAUCGAGCCUAUUCAGUCAAGAUGUGCAAUCCUCAGAUAUUCAAGACUAGCAGAAGGACAGCUUCUGCGGCGAAUCAAGCAAAUCUGUGAGAGUGAAGAUGUUAAAUACUCCGAAGACGGCCUGGCAGCAUUGAUUUUCUCGGCGGAGGGUGAUAUGCGACAAGCAGUCAAUAACUUGCAAUCUACGGUUGCUGGAUUCGGAUUCGUUUCUGCCGACAAUGUCUUCAAAGUUUGCGAUCAGCCUCAUCCCAUUGCCGUGCAAUCUCUUCUCCUCGCCUGUCAUCGGGGUCAAAUCGAUCCAGCGCUGGAGACUCUGCGGGAGUUGUGGGAUAAAGGUUAUUCCGCGGUAGACAUUGUGACUACUAUGUUUAGGGUGGCGAAGAACAUGGAUCAAAUGGCGGAAUACGAGAAGCUGGAGUUCAUCAAGGAAAUUGGGCUGGUGCACAUGAAAAUUUUGGAAGGUGUUGGAACGCUAUUGCAGUUGGCUGGGUUGUUGGCAAAGUUGACAAAGCUGAGGUUGAAUCCAGCGCUGUUCAAGGACUAG